AUGGAGGAGGUGUCUGUUCCAGUUGCUGGUAGUUUUUGGGGAAAGGAAGAAUGUGGUUUUUCUUUUUCUGCUUCGGUUGGAAUGUCAGGAGGUUUAUUGUCUCUUUGGAAUAGCAAAACAGUGUCGGUUUUGGCUAGCUUCAGAGGAGAGGGAUAUCUUGGUUCGAAGGUCGAUUGGAAAGGAGGUAUUUUUUACAUCUUGAAUGUGUAUUCUCCUUGUUCUCUUGUUUUAAAGCGGGCUUUGUGGCUGAGGUUAUUAGCUUUAAAAAAUUUAUAUAAAGAUGGGGAGUGGAUUAUGGGAGGUGAUUUUAAUGCGGUGAAGAAUCAUAGAGAAAGAGUGGGGUGUUCUAUGAGAAGUAGUACCGUUGAAUGGAGGGAUUUCUCUAAUUUUAUAGAAGAGAGUGGUUUGAUGGAUGUUGCGUGUAAAGGAAAGAAGUUCUCGUGGUUUAGUGGGGAUGGGAAAUCUAAGAGUAGAAUCGAUAGAUUUCUAGUCUCGGAUAAUAUUGUUCGUUCGUGGGGAGUACUUGGUCAAUUGAUAGGAGAUAGGGAUAUUUCCGACCAUUGUCCGAUAUGGUUAUUGUCUAAUAAAGUUGAUUGGGGUCCUAAGCCUUUUAUUUUCAACAAUGAGUGGUUUUCCAAUAAGGAUUUUUUGUCAUUUGUGGAAGAGGAAUGGAAGGGAAUGGAAGUUAGUGGUAGAGGAGACUUUGUCUUAAAGGAGAAACUUCGCAUUAUCAAAGAUAGAUUGAGAUGGUGGAAUUUGAAUAUUUUUGGGAAGGUGGAUUUGGAAGUAGAAGAAGGUGUUAGAGUUUUAAAUGAAUCGGAUGAUAGGGAGAUGUGGGAAGAGGAAGCCCAUCUUAACAAAAUUAAAGCUUCAAGGAAGAUUUGGUUAAAUCUUAAACUCAGGGAGAAUAUGUUAAUUCAAAAAUCAAGGUUAAGGUGUCUAAAUGAUGGCGAUUCCAAUAGUAAAUUUUUUCAUCGUGUUAUGAAAGAAAGACGGAGUAAGAACCAUAUUUGCUCUUUAAAUACUAGUGAUGGAGUAGUAGAAUCGGUCGGAGGUGUUAAGGAGGUGGUGAGAGGUCAUUUUGAACACAAGUUUAAGGAAUUUUUUCCUAAUAGGCCUUUGUUGGAAGGGGUUUUGGUGAAUUCUUUAAGUGUGGAAGAUAGAGAUUCGUUAGAGGUUCCUUUUUCGGAGGAGGAGAUUAAAGAGGCGGUAUGGAGUUGUGAUGGUUCGAAAAGCAUGGGCCCGGAUGGUAUUUCUCUCCUUUUCUUUAAGAAAUGUUGGAAUUUUGUUAAAGAAGAUGUGGUCUCUUGUUUUAACGCUUUUUAUUCGGGGAACGCUAUUUCUAAGGCUAUUAUUUCUUCUUUUCUAACGCUUGUUCCUAAAAAAGACAACCCGUUAGAUCUUGAUGAUUAUCGCCCGAUUUGCUUGGUGGGAAGCAUUUACAAGAUGAUCUCUAAGCUCUUGGCUAGUCGGAUUAAGAGAGUCCUCUCUUCUAUCAUAUCCAUUAACCAAAGCGCUUUUGUGCCGGGUAGACAAAUGCUUGAUGGAGUCGUAGUUGCUAAUGAAAUAGUCGACUAUGCUAGCAAGGAAGCGGAAGGGCUUAGGGCGUUGGUUGGUAAGACGGUGGAAAAUGGAGAUUUUGUGGGAUUUAAUGUUAACGGGACAUGUGAAAUAGAUAUUCUCCAAUUUGCGGAUGAUACUCUUUUAAUCGGUGACGGGGGUUGGAAUCAUCUUUGGGCCAUGAAAGCGGUUUUGAAGGGUUUCGAAAAGGUGUCGGGUCUUAAAAUCAACUUUCAUAAAAGCAAGUUGAUUUGUAUUAAUAUCAAUCCGCAUGUUGUGGAAGUUGCUACUAACUUUCUUUCUUGUCGAUCGGAAGAGAAAGAAUUCAAGUUCUUAGGUAUUAAGGUAGGGAUAAAUCCGAGAAGGAUAUCCUCUUGGAAACCGUUGUUGGAUAAUGUGAGGAAGAAGUUGAAUUCGUGGAAAGGUCGGUGGCUUAGUUUUGGGGGAAGGAUCACUCUUCUUAAGUCGGUGUUAAGUAGUAUGGCGAUCUUCACUCUUUCUUUCUUCAAGGCUCCUAAGAAAGUUAUAGAGGAAUUAAAUAAAAUGCAAAGUAAUUUCCUUUGGGGAGGUUCGGAGGGGAAUUGGAAAACUCAUUGGGUUAGUUGGAAGGAUUUAUGUCAACCGGUGGAGAAGGGGGGUCUUGGUUUUAGAAAUCUAGAGGACUUCAACAAGGCUCUUCUUUUGAAGUGGAAUUGGAGAAUUUUUGGAGAGAAUAAUUUUAUUUGGUUUCGGAUUUUGAAGGCGAGAUAUGUGGAUGUCAAGUUGAGAGCUACAUUUUGUUCUAUGUUGAAGUAUUCCGAUCGGUCUUCUUCGAUGUGGUGGAGGGAUAUCUCAUCUUUGGAGAACAAAACAUCAUCGGAGUUUUUUACUAACAAUUGUUUUUUUCAUGUAGGUAAUAGUUGUUCCAUUUCUUUUUGGUAUGCUCAUUGGUUGAAGGAGGGUAUUUUAAAAGAGAUUUUUCCGGAAUUGUUCAACAUAUCUCUCUUAAAGGAUGCUUCUAUUGGUGCUAUGGGGGGAUGGAAAGAUGGAAAUUGGAUUUGGAGUGACAUGGGCAUUAAUUUUGAUUCUCAGCCAGGAAGGAUUCAUUCCGCUGCUUCUCCUGUUUUGGCUUCGGUUCCUUCUUUUCUUUCCAACAGCGCUGGCGCUACUGCAUUGAUGCAUAACAAUGCUGCCACAGCAGCUUGCACAUGUCACAAUGGGUCUGCUGGCGGUGGCUUAGUAAGGUGUAAUAUGCAUUGGCUGCCUUUCAUGAUAAACCAGGUGGAAUUGUUGAAAAGUAUUUUGUCGAAUGCAACUCUGUGUGCGGACAAGCAGGAUUUCGCUACUUGGGCUCCCGAGAAGAAUGGAGUUUAUUCGGUAGCCUCCUGCUACUACUGGAUGAACAGAAGACUUUAUUCCUUCGGGCCGACUAACCGGUUAGAUUACAUUUUCAGUGAGGUGUGGAAGAUGGAGGUUCCUCUAAAAGUCAAAGCGUUCGGGUGGCGGUGUUUUUUAAACAAAAUCCCAACCAAAGAUGUUUUGUUGAAAAGAGGUAUUAUUUUAGACUCGGAUGUUAAGUGUGUUCUUUGUGAGGAAUCAAUCGAAACUUUGUUUCAUUCUUUUUUCAAUUGUCGUUAUGUCGCAAUUGUUUGGAAGGAGAUGGCCGAUUGGAUAGGUAUGUCUUACUUUUGUUUUGAAGAUUUAAAGGAGAACUUCCGGUAUUGGAGCAAUUAUGUUAGAGCGAAGAAGGUGAAAAAAGGGAAGGAGGGAAUUAUUUGGCUCGCUAUUCUUUGGAGCAUAUGGUUACGGAGGAAUGAAAUAGUUUUUAAUAACUCUUCUUGGAAUUCAAGAGAUGUUGUUUGGAGUUGUAAGGCUCUUAUUUGGAGGUGGUCGUUUAUCGGGAAAAUUACGCGUGCCAAUUGUAAUUUCUUUGAGUUUAGCAACAACCCGUUAUUGUACUUAUCUUAG